CAUAUGAUGUUUGACAAACUCAUGCGCGUAAUAUAUUUGAAAGUAGAGUUAGAAUAUGUUAGUAAACUUUGAAGAUUUGAAGUCAUGUUCUUGUAUGGAUAUCUAAAUUCUUUGUCUCAUUUAUUAUACUGCAUCUUUGAAAUUGCUAUCAAAAUGAAUAAAUGAUUACUAUUAUUCCUUUGAUAAAAUGUGAAAAGAGGUUUUUCGGUAAAAAAAUUUAAGUAUGUAAUCAACAAACAAAUCCAGAGGGAAAGAAAUUCCAAUUUAGGGAUUCCUCUGAAAUCUGGAUGCCAAUGAUCUUAACCGUUACAGCGCCGGCGGAGGACGGUGUCCCUGCAUUACAAGCCCUCACACCGCCGGACUAUGACGCCCUUCCUCAUUCUCCAAACCUAAAAACCCUCCCUCCGCCCUUCCUCGACUCAAUUGCCGAACUGAAACACCUCUCCGCCGCGAUGGCCGCCUUCCUCCGGUGCUACGAUGACCUCCACCGCCACCUCCAAUCCAUCAACGCCUCUAUCUCUGCAAUGCUGCCGCCAGAACACCCUCACAUUUCCCAACCUUUCCCGCAGAAACCCCAAGCUCCAGCGGAGAAAAUCACGGAAAAAAUCCCCUCGAAAUCAGAGCUCGAGGGCCUCUGCAAAGCGAUGUGCAGCCGCGGCGUCCGGAAAUAUCUGCUCUCUCAUCUGUCUGAUCUCCCAAUGCUGAAGGAUCAAGUGCCGAACGCGUUGAGGCAGGCGCCAAACCCUUGGAAGUUUGUUUUGGAGUGUUUGGGUAAAUUCUUUUUGCAGGGGAGUAAGGCCUUCACUAGGAACUCCCCGAUGAUCCCUGCUCGCGAGGCAUCUAUUUUCGUGUUGGAGUGCUUCUUGUUGAUGAUGGGAUUGGGUGUUGCCGGUGAGAGCGAUAAUGGGAUCUUGGACAUUGGGAAGGCGGACAAGGAGGAGGCGGAUACUGCAGCCGUGGCGUGGUGGAAGAGGUUGAUGACCGAAGGCGGUUUGGCCAGGGCUAAUCAGAUCGAUGCGCGGGGGCUUUUGCUGUUUGUUGCGUGUUUUGGGGUACCGGCUGUGUUUCGUGUUGAGGAUAUGCGGGAUUUGGUGAUUGUGGGGAAUGCCAAGGAGAUUGUCCAUGUGUUGCAGAAGUCUCAUUUGCUUAUGAGUAAAAUUUCGGAGAUAGUAGAGGAGAUGAUGACGAAGAAAAUGGAAGUAGAUGCUGUUGAUAUUGUUUAUACAUUUGGCCUUGAAGAGAGGUUUAAUCCAUACACAAUUUUAAUUUCAUUUCUACAAGAAUCUAAUGAAACUUGGAAAAAGUCAAAAAAGGGACCACAGGGUUCACCAGCUACACUUAAUGCAGCAAAUAAGAAGCAGUUGGAUAUUCUGAAAUCUAUCAGGAGGUGUUUGGAAAGGCACAGCAUUGAUCCUGCAAAGCUUCUUCCCGGAUGGCAAAUCAAUGAAAAAAUUGUAAAUCUAGAAAAAGACAUCACUGAAUUUGAUAGGAAAUCGGAAGUAGACAAAGCAUCUCAGAAAAGAAAAUCGAGUGAAAUGGAGACGCCAAAAGUCCAAGAUGUGAAACGUGUGCGCCAUGUUAACCAUGGUGCACAGCAGCAGAAAGCUAGUGCUCAUGUUGAUAGCAGAAGGGGUUUGUUGGAUAACAGACAUUCUAACCGUGUCAAUAGUUAUGCUGCUCCAGCUGUGAUGUACGGAGGACCUGGUGCAGGGUUACUACCAGAAAGUAUGAUUCCGUCUGGAGUUGGGGCUACGAGCCAUGGUGGCAUGCUUCCGACAUAUGCUCAUCAGGAGCCAGUUUUGGCUGAUCCAACAGGUCAGCUUAUAAACCGUGGCACUCAUCCCUACAUGUGGCAUCGGGAUUCAGCCAUACACGAAAGGUAUACUAGCCAACCUCCACCUACAGGGCUAGGGUUCACUUCCUUAUACAGGGCAUCAUCAUCCGUUGACAGCUUCCCAGGGAAUACUACCUCAUUAGUAGGUCAUGGAAAUCGGGGUUCUACGUCUGAUCUAUAUCAGUUUGCUGAUUCUAUAGCAGAGUGUGAAUUGCAUCCGAGUAGUGUUCCCCGGAGUGGUGUGUCUGGUUCUAGUGUUGUACCGUCUCAUCUUGCAUCAUAUUUUUACCAAGCUUAGCCUCUUACAGUCGUUCUAUAGUACAUGUGAUGAUAUGUUGCUCCUUGUGCUCCUAAUUUAAACUCGUACUCUCCCGUCCCAUUCUAAGUGAAAUAUUUCUUAUUCGGCAUGGAAUUUUA